CAUGACUGCGUCUUUGCUCUUCAUAGCGCUCAUUCUGCUCACGCACAACUCGGUGGCACUGGCAUGUUGUGCCCAUGUUUCAACGCCGACACAGGGCACCUUCCUUGGAAACUGUCUGCAGCUUGUCGAGGAGUACAGAGGAAUUCCCUACGCUCAGCCGAUGACAGGCCAGCGCCGCUUUUCCAAGACGCUGCCGGUCGAGCCAUACACCUCCAGCAAGAAACGCAAUGCUACUGUGGCGGGUCCCGUCUGCAGACAGCCUUUAGUGUCCUUCGGACAACAAUACAAACGGUUGAGCGAGGACUGCCUUUACCUCAAUGUCUAUCGACCGCGACACGUCGCACAACCAUUGCCUGUUAUGGUCUGGAUUCACGGUGGCUCAUUCCUCCAAGGAUCCGGUUCCGAUGAUGGGUUUAACGCGACUAACUUCCUCGAGCGAAGCAUCUUGCUCAAAAAGCCCGUCAUUUACGUCUCUUUCAACUACCGCCUCGGCGCUUUUGGCUUCCUCAGCGGUAAAGCCAUGGCUACCACGGCUAGAUCCGGUAGCACAACCCUUAACGCCGCCUACUGGGAUCAGCGUGAAGCGCUACGCUGGGUUCAGCUCAACAUCGCAUCUUUUGGCGGGGAUCCCGCCCAGGUCACGCUUUUUGGCGAGAGUGCGGGCGCUAGCAGCGUCGGUCAACAGAUGCUUGCAAAUGACGGGGACGUCGAAGGACUCUUUCGAGCUGCUAUCAUGGAGAGUGGCAGUCCUUCGCUAUCUCGUCGCUACCCCGCAGACGACCCCUAUCCCCAAGAUCGCUACGAUAUCCUCUUGGCGGCCGCAGGUUGUGACUCUACGAUUUCAGACGAGGCUCAGAUCGCAUGCUUGCGAAACGUUACUUCCGAUGUGCUCGACGCAGCCAACACGGCUGCCGCGAACAACCAGCAAACACCUUUCGCUCCGGUUCAAGAUGAUUAUUUCGUCCGAGGAUUGCCCUCAGCUCAAUUCAAGCGCGGUCUUUUUCCACCUAUCCCCUUUAUCACAGGCAACAACGUCGAUGAAGGCACUUUUUUCUCUACUUCGCAGAACAUCACCACCGAUAACGAAUUUGAGAACGCAAUCCUCACGUUGUAUGGCCCCACCAUUAAGCCACUCAUACCGCGCAUUCUCAAGCUGUGGCCCAACAAACCUGCUGCAGGCUCACCCUACCUACCGUUCCUCUUUGGCGAUUCGCCCAAUGACACGUACUUUGGCAAAGGCAACCAAUUCAAGCGUCUCAGCUCUUUCGCUGGUGAUCUCCUUUUCGAAUCAGGCAGGCGUCAACAGCUUCAGGCGGGGCUCAGAACGCACGGAGACCAAAUUUGGAGCUACCGCUUCGCACAACCACUUGCCCUCUCGAUUUUGAGCCCAGGUCUGAACACGGCAGCAUAUCUUGGUGUUCCACACGCUACCGAGCUUGCUUUUGUCUACAACAACCCUGUCUUGGCAGGACGUCAGAUCAGCCAGGUACCAGAGCCGCUUCGAGCAUACACCACAGAUGAGAAACUCACAGAGAUCGCUCGCAUCAUGUCGUCAGCGUGGAUUCACUUUGCCCACCACUUGAACCCUCGCGGAACAGAUGUGCCGCAUUGGCCCCCGUAUGGCUCCAACAUCGACAGUAGAGGCGCUGGCAUCAAUUUGUACCUUCAAGGCGGUAAUGUCUCGCUACAGCAGGACAGCUAUCAGUGGAAACAGACGAGUUCUCUCUUAGAUCAUCCUCAGAAUUUCUUCAUUUAGAGUAGCAUAGGCUUGUCCUUCAGGAGAUGUGUAUUCGAAAACUCACCACCUGCUAAGAUGUCUUGCUCUACUAGUCACCCCAUGAAAGGAGAUAUGAGCUUGAUCAGACAUCAACGAGUUUCUCAAACGCGCGAC